AUGCCGAAAGAAAACGUAGGUAGAUCAUUUAGAGAAUUAAGCAUUCACACCCCUACCCACCGUACCAUCUUCAGCCGUCCUAGUUAUAUUUUUUCUAUUUUAUUAAUCCUUUUUCUUUCUUUUAUUUGUUCUUUCUUUCUUUUGUCUAUUUUCUUUUUCAUUAUCUUCUUUUCUUCGUUUUUUCGUUCUUGUUUUAUUUCGUUUAUUCUUUUUUUUACACAAUGUUUUGCUUAUUUUCAUUCAUACGUUCUUUCCUUACUUCGUUUAUUAUUUAUUUCUUUUGAUUUUUCUUUCCAUCACUUAUCCCAACUUUAUUUUCUUAUUACUCUCAUUCAGCCGUUUUUCUUUCCUUUAUUCGUUCGUAUUUUUUCUGUUUGUUCUUUUCUCUUUCCUAUUUCUCUUUUCAGUAAUUCUUUCUUUCACUUAUUUAUUAUUUCAUUCUUUUUGUCGAUUUUCUUUAACUUGCUAGUUCAUUUAUAUCUUUCAUUUAUUUCUUUUUGCAUAUUUUUCUAUUAUUUUCUCUUUUCUUUCUUAUAUUCACUUCAGUUUUUAUUUCCCCUUAUAUUGACGUUCCUUUCUUCUUCUUCCUUUAUUUUCUAA